AUGACCACUGCUUCCAUCCAGACCAGGGACCAUCGUGAGUUCCUUGACGUCAUCGAUAGGCUCCGCUCCAAGGGAGUCAGUCGCUAUGUUGACCUCCCGAGAUCAUUCGAGAUACGCGAACGGCUCUCCAAGUUUCGUGUCGAGACCGACGCAGAGAACUUGGACCUCGGCACCGUGGUCGAAAAGGCAAGAGAGGAGAUGGGUCUGUCGGGAGGCAAGAACUUUAGCACGGACAUCCUCCGAGUAGAACUUUCCGGGCCAGACCAGCCGCAUCUCACCCUCGUCGACCUACCGGGCCUCUUUCGUGCCGGGAAUAAAGAACAGUCGGCCGCCGACGGCGCCAUUGUCCGCAAGAUGGCACGGGACUACAUGGCGCGCCCGAGGAGCAUUAUCCUCGCGGUCGUAUCAGCCAAGAGCGAUUUUGCCCUGCAAGAGGUCACCGAUCUCACCCGGAACCUUGACCCGGAAGGUACGCGCACCCUAGGUGUCAUCACGAAGCCGGAUACGCUCGAUGCGGGCUCCGAAAGCGAGGUCGCGUACGUGACGCUCGCUCAGAACAAGGACGUGGUCUUCCGCUUGGGGUGGCACGUCCUCAAGAAUAGAAACUACGACAUGCGCGACGCCACCUCCGCCGAGCGCGACGCGUCGGAGACUGAGUUUUCGGCAAGGGCGGACCAGAUCAUGCUUCAACUUCCUCCCCUCGUUCAGGAUGUCCGGUCAGAAAUUUCAGAUUGCCAAGAGAGGCUCGCCCGCUUAGGGACAGCGCGAAAUACCUUUGCUGAGCAACGCCGAUACCUUUUGAGAGUCAGCCGCGAGGUUUCCACUCUUAUUAGGGCCGCUGUUGAUGGCUUCUACAAGGAUUCAUUCUUUGGAUCUUCUCAACAUCAGACAGGGUACCCCAACCGUCUUAGAGCGGUCGUGCAGAACCUGUUGAUCGAUUUUGAGAAAGACAUCCAAGACCAUGGUCGCAUGAGAAUCAUCAUCGAAGAUCCGAGCGAUGUUUCAGAUUUGGACGCAAGACACAUUCCAAGGACAAAGUAUAUCGAGGAGGUCAGAGAAGUGAUUCGCCAGAGUAAAGGAUGUGAGCUUCCAGGAACUUUCAAUCCCUUGAUUAUCUCGGAACUCUUCAAGGAGCAAUGCCAGCCAUGGGCGGCUCUCGCGAUCAAGGCGAAGGACUCGGUGGUAAAUGUUGUGUCACAAACAAUUCAAGCGAUUGUGUAUCACGUCACACUCAAUGAGACUGCCGCAAAAAUUAGCCGAUGGGUUGAUGGCAUGCUGGGUACUCAUAAGGACAACCUAGACAGCAUGGUGACGAGCCUUCUCGACCCUCACAUCAACGGCCACCCAAUCACCUAUACGAAAGAUUUGGUGGAAAACGUCAGAGACAUCCAGAAGAAGAGGCAUCAGAAAGCCUUACAACGCAAUAUCGAUGCGAGUAUUAGGCGUGCACGUAACUCUUUCGAACGAGAUUCCUCAGCCCUCAACGCAUGGGUUUUGAAUCUCAUGGAAGAGCAAUUGGAUCUCACUCUCGAGCAGCAUGGUAGUGACUCUGCCGCGGACUACAUGGAGUCAUAUUACAAGAUGACGGCCUUGAUCGGAGUCUACGAGCAAAUGGUGUUCGUCAAGACAAUAUCGCUAUCAGGCGCGGGUCUUUGGAUUCAGUCUCGUGUCCGACUCCUACCCUUCCGCAGCCAGCCACACCCAGCUAUCUUUGCAUGCGGCAUGCGGCAUUGCGGCAUCAGAUGCCUACGUUGGGCUCCGACACCAUAUUCAAACCAACACAUGAGCCAAGUUCCGGGCCUCCCCGAGCCAGCUCCUCCGAGCAGCCUCCAGGUCUUCACUGGACGAGAGCGUGCGUCCGACUGA